GCUUUCAUGUUUCAUGUUUCAUGUGAAAACACAUAAAUUAAUAUAUACGUCACCUCAAAAAAACAACAAUUACCUAACGAACCCGAACCUUAAACAAACAAAACCUUGGUAUUCUAUUCUGUUCCUACGAUCACGGAUUCUCAUAUUCAUUCAUGAAUACGCACGUGAUCACCCCUAACCUCAACACCACCCUUCUUCAUCAUCAUCAUCAUCAUGUGCAUGGUUUAACGAAUUCUUCACACCGUUACUCCAAAACCAACCAUCGUCUCUUCCAUUCAUUCAAAGUCUCUAAUAACGUUCGUGUCUUUUCAGAGCUGAAGAGUCAAAACAAAAUUGAUUACAAUGAUCCUGAUUGGAAAGAUAAGUUUAAAGAAGAUUUUGAGGCACGGUUUAGACUCCCUCAUAUUACUGAUAUUUUCCCUGAUGCUUCUUCUAUGCGUUCUACUUUUUGUCUCAAAAUGAGGGCUCCUAUAACUAGAGACUUUCAUGGGAAUUAUGAUUCUGGUGAGGAAUGGAAUGGAUACAUUAGUGAUAAUGACAGAGUGCUUCUUAAGACAAUAUACCAUUCAUCACCUACAUCUGCUGGUGCUCAGUGCAUUGAUCCUGGCUGUAAUUGGGUGGAACAAUGGGUUCAUCGAGCUGGACCUCGGAAAAAUAUAUACUUCAAACCAGAAGAAGUAAAGGCAGCCAUUGUUACUUGUGGAGGACUGUGUCCUGGUCUUAACGAUGUCAUUAGACAGAUUGUAAUCACACUUGAAAUAUAUGGUGUAACAGAGAUUGUUGGUAUUCCUUUUGGCUAUCGCGGCUUUUCUGACAAAGAGUUGAUGGAAAUACCGCUGUCAAGGAAAGUCGUUCAAAACAUUCAUCUCUCAGGUGGCAGCCUAUUAGGAGUUUCACGCGGAGGACCUGGAGUUAGUGAAAUUGUGGAUAGUUUGGAGGAAAGAGGGAUCAACAUGCUCUUUGUGUUGGGUGGAAAUGGUACACAUGCUGGUGCAAAUGCAAUUCACGACGAGUGCUGUAAAAGACGGAUUAAAGUGUCUGUAAUUGGAGUGCCGAAAACUAUAGACAAUGAUAUUCUAUUGAUGGACAAAACUUUUGGCUUUGACACCGCGGUUGAAGAAGCGCAAAGAGCAAUAUAUUCUGCAUAUAUAGAGGCGCAUAGUGCAUAUCAUGGAAUCGGGAUUGUGAAAUUAAUGGGUCGUAGCAGUGGAUUCAUAGCAAUGCAAUCUUCCUUAGCCAGUGGACAGAUUGAUGUAUGCCUAAUUCCUGAGGUUCCUUUCGAUUUACAUGGACCUCAUGGAGUUUUGAGUCACCUCAAGUACCUUAUAGAAUCAAAGGGAUCAGCUGUCGUUUGUGUGGCAGAGGGAGCAGGACAGAAUUUACUUCAAAAAACUAAUGAUACCGAUCCCUCAGGGAAUGCUAAACUUGGAGAUAUCGGGGUUUAUAUCCAACAAGAGACGAAAAAUUAUUUCAAGGAGAAUGAUAUUCAUGCAGAUGUGAAAUAUAUUGAUCCAACAUACAUGAUUCGGGCGUGUCGAGCAAAUGCAUCAGAUGGAAUUUUAUGCACUGUUCUUGGACAAAAUGCUGUUCAUGGUGCAUUUGCUGGAUAUAGUGGCAUUACAGUAGGCAUAUGUAACACACAUUAUGCUUACUUUCCAAUCACCGAAGUAAUAUCGCAUCCUCAAUUGGUGGAUCCGAACAGUCGAAUGUGGCAUCGAUGCUUAACUUCAACUGGUCAACCCGACUUCAUUUGAUUAUUUUCUAUUUUUGAAUUAAUAUACUCAAGAGGCUUGGAAAUUCAGGCUUCCACAGAUUAUAUCAUAGGAAUAUGGAUUCAAAAGGUAUUUUUGGUUAGUCUAUCCGUCAUUAUUGGAAUAAUACAAAGGAUGGCAUUUCUUCCUUAUACGAAAAAUUGGUUAUUUAUAUAGCAAGGAAAAUUCACAGUCCUGCCAAUUGCAUUCAAAAUAAAACUUGAGGAAAUAACCAAGCAUCGAAAAUGCUUGACUUUGAUCUACUGUGACAUUUCUUGUACCUAUAAUAAGGCCUAAAUUUAGUGAGAAUGCAUAGAAGAUUUAAUUUUUGCUUUCUGUUUGUACUCAUGCCUCAGUUAUUUAUUGGAUUGCCUGUUCGUAUCUGCACCUACUUCUCAUGCAUUGAAUAUUCAAAAGAAGUAUUUUAACUU